AUGUUAAUGAGAUGUACUUAAGCUGAUCAUUUAAAUUAACAAAUAAUUGGAGUUUGUAUUGAUAGUAAAUGCCAAUAUUAAAGACCUUAUUGUAAUUCUUGCCUGCCUAUCCAUGGUCAACACUUGAACAAGUUAACAUCAUUAGAACUUUUAGAUGAAUGGAUUAGUAAAAGAGUCCUUAUUGUUUAGAAUGUUGAAUAAAUAGCUUAGGCUUGUAAGUUAGAAAUUGAUAGUCUUCUUAAUAAAUUCGUUAAUUUAUACAAUAUUAAUAUGGUAUAGUUACCUAAAUUAGGACUAUCUUAGAUUGACAAUAUAAUAAAAGGUUUAAGUUUAGUUGAGUUAUGGGAGAAAACUUUACUGAACUAAUUCCAAUAAUCUAUCUAAUAAAUUAAAUAGAUUAUUAAAGAAAUUUUGGAAAACCAACAAUUAUAAACAAAUUUGAGUUCAACAUAUAAUAAACAAGUUUCCAAAUCUUUUGUCAUUAAAGAAUAGAUUUGUGAAUAACGAAUAAAUCUAAAUCUCAUAAAACCAAAUCUAAAACCAUUCACUUUUGAAGUGAUGAAUUAAAAUUCUAUUAAAUAAGAAGAAAAGUGUUUUGCAAUCGCAAUCAAUAAAGAUAAUUCAAUUCUUUUAGCAGGAUGUGAUAGGUAUAUUAAAGUAUUUGAUUUCAAAUAAGGGAAAUUAAAUCAAUUAUAACUUUUAAGUGAUCAUUUAAAUUGGGUAUCUACAUUAAACUUUAUGAAAAAAUCAAAUCAUUUUGUAUCUGGAAGUGGAGAUAAGUCAAUUAUUAUAUGGUAAAUGAAUGAUAAUAAUUAUUGGAUUUGCUAACACAAAUUGAAAGGACAUUUUGAUGAUAUUACUACCAUAUAAUUGAAUAAUAAUGAAAAUCUUAUUAUUUCUGGGAGUUAUGAUUCAUCUAUUAAUUUUUGGAAUAAAUAAAAUGGAUGGCUAUGCUAAUAAACCAUUAAAGAUCAUACAGAUUAUGUUUAUUAAUUAAGUUUAAAUGAAAAGGAAGAUAAAUUGAUAUCUUGUUCAGCUGAUUCAUUAAUGUUAGUAAUAGAAUAUUCUUAGAAGGACUAAAUUUGGACUGUAAUUUAAAAGAUAAAAGUAGAAUAAUAUGGAUAUCGAUUGAGUUUUUUAGAUGAUAAUUAAUUCGCAUUCUAACCUAUGAAUUAAUAAUAAAUGUAUCUAUAUGAGAGAAUUAGUAGCAAUCAAUAAUUUAUUAAGACUAAGUAAAUUUCUGUGAAAUCUGCUUCAAAGAAUUGUGCUAAUCUAUUUCCCUAACAAUACUUAAAAUCUAAAUGCCUUAUAGUGAGUAAGAAUGGUUAAAAUAUCAACUUAAUAUAGAAGAAAGAAAAUGGAGAUUUUAUAAAUAAGUAAAAUAUUCUAAUUGGUCAUAAUUAAAUUUUUGGUUCAUUAAGUGAUGAUGGUGAAUAUCUAAUCACUUGGGAUGGGAAAUCAAAAGAGAUAAAAAUUAGAAAAUGCCACCAAAUUUGA